GUAGACUUUGGCAUUUCGGUAUGAAAAAAGCUCAAGGUACAUAUCGUAAACAUCAGUCAUGUCUAACUUUAUCCUGGGUUUGGACGUGGGUACCACUUCGGUAAAAGCCGUUUUAUUAGACAGAGGAUGUAGAGCUAUAGCUGCCAGUCAGUCUUUACCGACUGUUUCUGAUUUAGCCGACGAUAGCGGGAUAAAGGCGAAAGAGCAGGACACGGGUCGGAUCAUAGACACUGUGAACCGGUGCAUUGGCCUCUUGCCCAGAGACAAACUGCAGCAUGUGUGUUGCAUCGGGCUAACCGGACAGAUGCAUGGAGUUUUAUUCUGGAAACCAAAAAGCGGUUGCGUCUGGUCCAAUAGUGAUUCCUUCACAGCCAAAGACACCAGUCAGCUGAUCACCUGGCAAGAUGGACGUUGCAGCAAUGACUUCCUCUCGUCUCUUCCUAGACCAGACUCUCAUCUCAGCGUUGCCACGGGGUUUGGCUGUGCAACAAUCUUCUGGUACAUGAAACACAAACUCAAAUUCCUUGAGGACUUUACGGUUGCAGGUACCAUCCAGGACUAUGUGGUGUCCAUGCUGUGCGGUUUGGACGGGUGUGUGAUGACACCUCAGAAUGCAGCCAGCUGGGGCUUCUUCAACACGUCAUCCAAUCAGUGGAACGAAAACACUCUGAAGGGUGCUGGCUUCCCUUUGCACCUGCUUCCUAAGUGUGUGCCAUCUGGUAGCUUGGCAGGAAAGACCUGCUCUCAGUGGCACGGCAUCCCUGCUGGCACGCCAGUAGGGGCCGCGCUAGGAGACUUCCAGUGCUCCGUCUACUCCUGCAUGAGCGAACGGACAGAUGCAGUCCUUAACAUAAGCACUUCAGCCCAGCUGACCUACGCCAUGCCAGCUGACUUCAAACCUCCAGAUUCUCCUCAGCUCGCCUCGUCCAUCUCCUACUUCCCUUACUUUGAGUCCACAUACUUGGCUGUUGCAGCAUCGCUCAAUGGAGGGAAUGUGUUGGCAAGUUUUGUGGAGAUGCUGACUUCCUGGAUGAGAGAGCUUGGUGCAGAGCUGAGUGACUCGUGCUUAUACGAAAAGCUGAUUCAUUGUGCCCUGAACCAGGAAACCAGCAACCUGAGGGUGAGUCCUACUAUCUUGGGAGAGAGACAUGACCCUCUCUGCCUGGGCCACGUGACUGGCAUCUCCACCUCCAAUCUCUCCCUGGGUCAUGUGAUCAGGGCUCUCUGCCAAGGAGUCCUGGACAACAUCACCUCGAUGAUGCCCGUAGAGCAUCUGCAGCAGGCAGGGGUCCGCAGGAUUGUGGGCAGUGGGAGCGCGCUCGCUCAGAACGAAGUGCUAAGACAGGAAGUGGAGAAGGCGUUCCCUCUGCAGGUGGUAUACGGACAGAACGCAGACUCUGCUUUGGGCGUGGCAAUGAUUCUCUGUGACCGCCUUUGAAUUGGACUCGCUAUCCAGUUCUGUCUGUUUACAUGACUGAGAAUUUUGCACAUCAACUAAAGCUGACCCUAACAAAUCUUACACAGUUCAUUUUUAUUUUGAAUCUUAAAGCAAAGGCUGUGUUUGACAGGACAGAGAUCCAAUGUUAGCAAUUUUAUAGGACCAAAAGAUGGAAGAUGUUCGUGGAAGCUCAAAGAUUUUACUGUGACUGAACAACUCUCAACAAUAUACUGGGCAUUUCUGAUAUUUGGGCAUUUUGUUGAUAUUUUGUUGCAGUGUAAGUCACAAUCAAAGGACGUCAUCUUUUUCCUAGACCUAGCUGCUCUUUAUUCAUCAGGAAAAAAGUCAGGCCUCUGUCACUUAGCUUUACAGCUGCUUAAUGCAGCAUCAGCAUCAGAGCAUUAAAAGAUAGAGGCAACAAGUUCAAACUUGUUAACUGUAGGUGUCUGAAAUAAAAAAAUGACAUGGAGAGAAAUCACAGUGAGUUGGAAUGCUUUAAAGCUUCUGCAUGAUUUAUGUGCCCUGAGAUGAAGAUGCAAUCAACAUGUCAACACUGAAGCAGAAAACAGCAUGUUGAGGUGCCUUCAUUUUAGGUGUCUGGGACAGAUUCAUUUGUAGUUUCCUGUGCGAUGGGUGUUUCCUUUUCAGUUCCGAUUGAAACAGGUCGAAUCUUUGUAUGUUUGUGGGUUAAGUAUUCCAAAACACUGAUUGAUCAGAAUUCAGUCUGAUCAUGAAGCGCAGAUUACCAGGGUGAUCCACGCUUGGUUUAAAAUCAACCAGUGUCAUAAUAGCAGAAAUCCAAUGGAAUGGAUUCAUUUUUAGCACCUAUUUUUCAUUCAUAUACUGCAGUUUGUCUUGAGAAUGAUGAGAGCCUUGAGUGUUUGUUUCACUGUAGACUCUCACAGUGCCCGUCAACUCCCACUGAGCCUUAUUUUUCUUUUUUAAUCGCACUGUCAGCUUGGCUCACAGGCUCAAAAUGGAGGUAGUAACUAGUAAUGAAUCACUUAACUCAUUGGGCCCAAGUGUAGCUCAUGCAGCCAGUUACUUCUACAAGUAACAGCACUAUAACCACAGCAGAGACACCUAGUGGCUGGGGGUUGUCACACUCUUCCUGGACACCAGCUGAAUCCAAAUCAUUGCUUUUCCGCCCCAUUUACACUAGUCCAUAUAAAAUAGUUUUACUCAGUUACAAUGUCUCAUUUUCAACCACACUCUGUUGUAUCAUGUUCACCAAGUUUACUGCAACAGCCUCCCCAGUCAGUGCUAACUCCACUCUAUAACUCAGAAGACCUGGCGCUUGGAAGAGGCACUUGAAAAGUAGCCUGGAAAAAAUGAAGGAGCUGGAAAGCUACCAGAAAACUGAGUAUAGUCUCAAGAAUAAGUUGCUCUUGACAAAGCACCACAAAACAUCAAAUCCCUGGGUGCUGGUUUAUCUCAGUUGGAUGAGCAGGUAACCAUAUGGCGCAUGGCUGAGAGUGGCCUGCCCAGGUUCGAAUUUGACCCGCGGCCCUUUGCCACAUUUCUCUCUCUCUCUUUCCCAUCAGUCUUCACUGCAUCUGUCUAAUAAAGCAAAAAAAAAAAAAAAUACAUACAUAUAUAUAUAUACAUAAACCCCAUAAGAUCCCUGAUGUGAUGGAUGUCUGAGCCGUAUGAUUGCAAAAACAAAAGCCAGUGAGUGCAUUUGGACAACACAAUGAGUGCAGGAAAUCGAAUGUAUUGUUAUCUGUAAAGUUAUCUGUAAAGACCAGAGGCGCACUAGAGUCAACAUGAGCUUCAGAAUAUUACAGAGCUCAUACUAGGGGCGGUGUCUCUCUCUCUCUGACAGAACUGUAUGAGUUACAUUUCUUAGAGAAAUAUCUCACUGGUCAUUUAAUCCCUUUUUUUCUUGUGAGGUUGAAGCAAUGCUGCACUUUACCUUGUAUGGGCUGAAUUUAUUUUUGUCCAACCAUCUACUUUCCCAGGUAGGCAACAGUUGCCUUAGCAAACUCACAUUUAGCCAAGCUAACUGUCCUGUUUGUCUCACGCAGUCGAUCAGUUUCCGGAUGUGGUGCACAUGUUGUCAUUGUAGAUCACAUCAACAUAUCUUGUCCAGACACGACCAGAUGCCUCAGAUGACAAAGUUGAUGUCGCAUUACACAACUCAAAGCGUAGGAGAAGAGGCCAAAAGGAGUGAUAAAGGCUGACGUGUCACUUGCUCUGUUAGGGGAACUUGCUAGGAACUGUUCAGUACAUCAAGUUUACUGACAAACUGAGCUGAACCCACCCUGUUCACGCAGUCUUCCAUCCAUGGUAGAGGAUAAGCAUCUGGUUUAGUCAACCCACUUUCCAGUGAUUGGUACAGAACCCGGGAAUUGUUGGCUGUAUCCACCAACAAACAGGGAGAAGCCCAGCUUGAAGAUGAAGGUUCACAAUACUACUAUUGAACAUAUACUGAAUUUCCUUCUCCAUCACCUUCUCUUUUCUUUCCCAGAAAGUCUUAAAACGCCAGUGAAUCAGUUGUGCGUCACCCACAUCAAUGCCAUGCUCUGUUAGAUGUGUUUGAGUUUGACAAAUGAAUACUCAUUCAUGAUGACAGACAGCUCUGUGAACGGGCUUCCAAUUUACAGAGGGUCCUUCCUCGGCAGGCUUUCACUGGAUGGGUUUACCCCAUCACCCUCAUGCGCCAGUGAAUCCAUGCUUCCCACUGUGCUGUGGUAUGUCUUCCCCAGUUUUACAGGGCUGGGACACCCUGAUGUAAUGGGGUUUAAGCAGAUUAAUAUGACAAAAAUGAAUUUAAAAAACAAAUAGUUCUACUCUGAAUUUUGAAUGGCAAAGGGACCAUAAGGUGCCCUGAAAUGAGACACCAACAAAUGGCAGCAGAGCUAAAACCUGCUCACCUGGACCGAACUGGUGCACUUUGGCUUUUGGAUAAUUAAGAUGCUUCAUUUCUAUAAUCCAGAACCGGAUUCACAAUCUCAAUGGGGUUCAGGCUGUACCACAGAAUCCUGAAGCAAAGUUAUGGGUCCUGGCACCGUGUGACCAAAUACCAGCUCAUUCAGACUAAACCCAGUAAUGAGUUGAAUUACAUCCCUGGCAGCCAGCAACAAACAGCCAUGGGUCUUUCCCAAACCUGGCCUAACUCACAUUACCCCCACAGCAGAGUCUUCAAGGUUUGAUGGAACCCUUAAAGUGUCCCUUGGCUCUGAAUGUGAUUAUGCCUUACUCAGACUCGUUUCAAAAUUUGAGUAAACAGAUGUGAUGAAAAGUUUGAGGGCUGAACAAUCUGUAUCACCUUUACGAUAGUUGUGGCAGGAACCUAAGGGCUGAAACCCUCAAGCCUAGUGAUACAGCUAGAACCGUCAAUGACACCUGCAACCUUGGAUGUGCCUCCAAGACAACCUUUUUUGACAACACACUAAAAAAAACUCCCCAACAGACCAGAGAGAAUCCACUGUACAUUCCAACAGGGACAGAACAGCAGCUGCACCUUAUACAGACUUACACACACCAGGCACAGGCCCAGCCAAGCUCAAAGCCAGAUGAAUCACAAGCCGAGGACAGCUCAGUGACCAUAACUUUCAGCGAAACAGUAACAUAACUUUUUAUUUACUACAUGUCAGAGUCUCCCAAAGAGCCAGAUUGUGUCCUUAUAAGACCAGAACAUAUAGAAAAUGGCUUUAAAAUGGAAAGCCAAUUGCUCCAACAAUCGAAACUGCAAAAUGACUAGCCCCAUUUGCCCCAGUCUGUCUGACAGGAUACUACAGAACAGAGGGAGACUAGACGAGGUUGUAAUUAGUAGAGAAUCGUUUAUUUUAAGGAAAGCAAGAGCAGCAUGUGUAGAAAGGAGAGAAUUUCUUCUCCAAUCAGCUCCUGCUGAACAAAGCACCUAGUGCCUUGGGGGGUCAUCGCAGCAUCCUUUAACUGACCUGUAAGAGCCAUGGGAAAUCUUCUUUCUGAUGUUUAAUGCUCUUUAUUCACCUCUUCUUGAGAUUCAACCUUAAUUUGACCUUUAACUUAGUAUAUCGUCUACUCAAAAAGUUCAUGGAUGUCCUUUGUUUGUUUUUUUAAUAUUACUUUUCAUACCUUGUUGUCAUUUGGUUUAAGGAGAUACGAUUAUGAUUAUGAAGAUUAAAAGUCAUCAACCAGUUAAAGAGAAAACCUGUUUGUCAAGUCUAUAGCUUCAUAUUUUACUAUAGUCACUUGUGUAAACACAAUUUUUUCCACAGGCACAUAUAGACGUCACAGUCCACUGCGUUAUUAGUGUGUUCACUCACUCAUUAUGUUCCAUUAAGCCACAGUGAUAGUGAUGCUACUAUGCUUGAAAUAAACCGGUGUUAAUAACUGAAUUUGCUCCUGACUGUUGUUGAAUGUGUUAUUCUGCCUGCGUGAGCUCAGACAGGCUAA